CAUGGCAACCAGGCUGAAUUGCUGCGUCCAAAGAAAAGAAGUGAGCCUUAACAUGUAGCAGAUAUUAAGAAGGUAUACAAUGCAGAAGAAGAACCGAUACGUCCCUCACAACGCUGUACACAUCAGAGGAAGAGGAGGAAGAAGAGGAGGCAGAGGCAGGCGUAGUGAGGAGGACAAAGAUGUUCGUCUGUCUAAAUCCAUGUCUUAUGUGCUUCGUCAUGGAGCUACACAGAUGGGAUUUCAAAUGGCUACAGAUGGCUUCCUGUUUGUGGAGGACAUCCUGGCUCACCCACAGUUCCACUCGUACACAUUAGAAGACAUAGAGAGAGUCGCGUCCACAAAUGACAAGCAGCGCUUCAAGCUCCGCUCCCACCCAGAGGAUGGCCGGCUGCAGAUUCGAGCCAAUCAGGGGCAUUCACUACAGGUUAUGGAUCUGGAGCUAAAACCAGUUCUAGCUGGUUCUCUCGAUUGCCCCGCCGAGGCCGUUCAUGGCUCUUACCUCCGCAGCUGGCCAUCCAUUCAACAGCAGGGUCUGAGCCGCAUGAAUAGGACUCACAUUCAUCUGUCAACUGGACUACCAGGGGAAGAUGGCAUCAUCAGCGGCAUGAGGAAGAACUGUGACCUAGCUGUGUUUAUUGAUGUCCCCCGAGCUCUGGCUGAUGGUAUUGAGUUCUUCUGGUCAGAGAAUGGUGUGUUGCUGACUUCAGGUGAUGCUGAGGGUAUACUCCUUCCUAAAUACUUCACCCGAGCCCUAAAACUCAAGCCUACAAGAUGCACCCUUCCCCUGCAGUGAAAGCUGUUGCGCUUGAUGUUCUCACCAAGCUUGAAUCCAACUUUGCAGUAUGUUUUCAUAGUUUCCAAGACCACACAAGUUUUACAUACACUUGCAGCCCAAUUUUAUCUUCAUAAUAAAUACUUAAGCAGAUAAAUAUAAGCUGAUUUGGCACUUUUUUUGUCUAUACUGCGUCUUACUUUAGUACUUGUGUCACAUGAUAGCCACACAUUUUCACAUAUUUCAUUAGAAUUUAAUGUGACAAAGUAAAGCUAUGAAUAAGUCUGAGUAUGAGGUGGAGUGAAAAAGGUACAUGGUUUUCUAAUUACAAAUAAUCAAAUAAUUUGGCAUGUAUUUGUAAUUAUCCCCCUGUGCUCUCAUACCCCUUAACCCUGCCUUCAGAUUUAACCAAAGUUGUAGUAAUAAGAGAGCCUUUGAUGACACAGCAAACACAUGAAACAAUGGGCUCAUGAAACCAAAGCUUUUCAUCAAAAAUACUACCAGCAACUGCAGUAAUGUUUGUUUUCUAAACAGGGAUCAAAAUGUUUGUUGCUAAUGAUGGGAUGGAUGAAAGCAGAGCUCAAUUGUAGAAGCAACUUUAAAUAAAGGACUAUAUGAAGAUAUUCUGUUUAGCCUGAGUCGGAGGAAACAGGAUGCACAGUGUGGUUUAACGGACAGCCUCAACUGUUCCUCACAAGAUUAUGGGAACACACACUCUCUGCAUGAUUGAGAUAAUUGGUUAGGAGCGUUCAGUUGUU